AUGAGAUUGCGAAAAGCUUUUGACGGAGACCAAGAGAAUGGUGUUGCUCCAACGCCCUUAACUGGAGAGGAAGUUUAUGAACGACAACGAGACAUUAAUGUUGUCUUCGGAAAGUGCCAAAAGCCAAAAGGGAGAGUGCCAAAAGCGAAAGUGCCAAAAGCCGAAAGUGAAAGUGUCAAAAGGAAAAAGCAGCCUGUUGUGAAAAGUAUAUGGAAAAAGAGGUCAGUGUUCUUUGAUCUUCCAUAUUGGUCUAGUCUUGAUGUAAGACAUUGUAUUGAUGUGAUGCACGUGGAGAAAAAUGUAUGUGAUAGUGUAAUUGGAACACUUCUCGACAUUAAAGGCAAGACAAAAGAUGGUGCACAUGCUCGUCUUGAUAUGGAUUUGAUGGGUAUACGACAAGAGUUAUUACCACAAAAAAUCAAUGACAAGACAUAUUUGCCUCCCGCGUGUCACACUUUGUCUAAAGACGAGAAAACAAGUUUUUGCAAGUGUUUACAAAGUAUCAAAGUGCCACAUGGUUACUCGUCAAAUGUCAAGAGCCUUGUAUCAAUGAAAGAUCUCAAAUUAAUCGGCUUAAAAUCUCAUGAUUGUCAUGUCUUGAUGCAACAACUACUACCUGUGGCUAUUCGUGGGAUAUUGCCCGAUAAUGUUAGGAAAGCUAUAUGCAGGUUGUGCUUAUUCUUCAAUGCAAUAUGUUGUAAAGCAAUUGAUCCAUUGAAGUUAGACGAGUUGGAAAACGAAGCUGCAGUUAUCUUGUGUCAAUUGGAGAUGUAUUUUCCUCCUUCAUUUUUUGACAUUAUGGUUCAUUUGAUUGUUCAUCUAGUAAGGGAGAUUAGAUUGUGUGGCCCAAUUUAUUUACGGUGGAUGUAUCCAAUAGAGCGAUACAUGAAGAUCCUAAAAGGGUAUACAAAAAACCCACACCGUCCGGAAGCUUCGAUUGUUGAGAGGUACAUUGCAGAAGAAGCUAUUGAGUUUUGUUCAAACUAUUUGUCAGAAGUGGAUGCUAUAGGGGUUCCCAAGUCUCGUCAUGAUGGAAGAUGUGACGGUGUGGGCACGCAAGGUUUAAAUGUCAAGAGCAUGCAUAUUGAUAUAAUUCUUCAAGCGCAUUUGUAUAUAUUGAAUAACACUGAUGAAGUUCAACCUUACUUGUCUGCUCACAAAAGCAUCAUAAAGAAAAUGCACGAUAAGAUGAAUGAAAAAUGGGUGUUAAGAGAGCAUAAUAAGAAAUUCUCAGAGUGGUUUAAAGAAAAGGUCUGCCAAGAUGAUAGUGUUUCCGAUACAAUAAAGUGGUUGUCCUAUGAGCCUAAAUGUAACAUAUUGACUUGGAGUGCAUAUGAUAUUAACAAAACUUCCUUUUAUACAAAAUCAAAGGAUGACCGCAGUACCAUGCAAAAUAGUGGGGUUAUGAUUGUGGCAGAGUCCAUGCACUUCUCUAGUUCCAAAGAUAAAAAUCCGGUUAUGGCAUCUACACCCUACUUUGGGGUGAUUGAAGAGAUCUGGGAGGUUGAUUACGUUGUGUUUAAAGUGCCUUUAUUUAAAUGUAAAUGGAUUGAUAUCAACAAUGGUGUGAGAAUUGAUGAAUUAGGAUUUACAAUAGUUGAUCUUUGCAAGUUAGCUUAUAAAGACGAACCUUUCAUCAUGGCAUCCCAAGCAAAACAGGUGUUUUAUGUCAAAGAUCCUUCUAAUGAACGGUGGUCGGUGGUUCUACAAGGAAAAAAUGUGCAUGGUAGUUAUGAAAAUCAAGAGCUUGAUAUUUCCGAAAUUCCUCCUUUCUCAUCAGAUGUGCCUACCUUCAUUGAAGAAAACGAAGAGGAUGAUGUGCAUGCAGCUAUUCGUUUAGAUCAUGACGAAGGAAUAUGGGAUUAG